GAUCCCUAACCCCGGCUUGCAGCUGAGAGUCCAGGAAGAGGGGUGAGGCAGAGGACUCAUUGUGCCACACCACAGGGGACAAUGGAAGAAAGUUUGAGGAAAGGAAGUGAAGUGACGGAGACGCCCUCAUCCUGCGCCCUCUAUUAGGGGCGGGGCUUGGGACGUCGAAGCGGUUGCAGCGGAGCGAAUGUGAACACACUCGCUGAGGAUGAAUCAGACGAGAGAGAGAGAGAGAAGGAGGGGGAGAACAGUCUCGUCGCGUGGACACAUUUCCAUUUCACGCGUCCUUCCUCACAAUUAAGGAUCUGAUUAACAUUCAUUUGUGGGCAGAUUGCUGCCACUUUGCACUCCUUCAUUUUCACCAUCAUCUGCUUGUCUCCAGACGUCUGACAGACUCAUACACACCGGCUUGUCACCGAGGAAAGAGACGGGGGGAGAGAGGAAAAAAAAAAAAAAUCCUAAUAAGAGAGGAAAAACAUAGAUUUGCAGGGGUCCAUCCGGACACACCUUGAGGAGGACUGCCCUGUCACCGCUUGGAUCAAUAUGGAUGAAAACAAUCAUGUUCCUGAGGAUCUCUCCCUGGAGGAGAAGGAUGAGCUGUGCAACAUCCGGCGUAGGAAAAGAGAACUGCUGGACGACAUUGAGAGGUUGAAGUGUGAAAUUGCCGAGGUCAUGACAGAAAUCGAGCAGCUGACGUGUGUCGGCGAGAGUAAAACAUCCCAGAGAAACAAACAGAUCGCAAUGGGCAGGAAGAAAUUCAACAUGGACCCUAAAAAGGGAAUCCAGUUCUUACUUGAGAACGACCUCCUUCAGCACACUCCAGAAGACAUUGCGCAAUUUCUGUAUAAAGGAGAAGGUCUCAAUAAGACGGUCAUUGGAGACUACCUCGGCGAACGGGAUGACUUCAACAUUAAGGUGCUGCAGGCUUUUGUGGAGCUACACGAGUUUGCUGACCUCAACCUCGUCCAAGCGCUACGGCAAUUCCUGUGGAGUUUCCGUUUGCCAGGUGAAGCUCAGAAGAUCGAUCGCAUGAUGGAGGCCUUUGCUUCGCGCUACUGCCAGUGCAACCCGGGGGUCUUCCAGUCUACAGAUACUUGCUACGUGCUGUCGUUUGCUAUCAUCAUGCUGAAUACCAGCCUGCAUAACCCCAACGUUAGAGACAAGCCCCCCGUGGAGCGUUUCAUCUCCAUGAACAGAGGGAUCAACGAAGGCGGAGACUUGCCAGAGGAGCUUCUCAGGAACCUUUACGAGAGCAUAAAAAACGAGCCGUUUAAGAUCCCGGAGGAUGACGGGAAUGAUCUGACGCAUACCUUCUUCAACCCCGACAGAGAAGGCUGGCUCUUAAAGCUUGGCGGCAGGGUGAAGACGUGGAAGAGGAGGUGGUUCAUACUGACAGACAACUGCCUGUAUUACUUUGAAUACACAACCGAUAAAGAGCCCCGUGGGAUUAUCCCCUUGGAAAACCUGAGUAUCCGUGAAGUGGAUGAACCUAGGAAACCGAACUGCUUCGAGCUCUACAACCCUAACCACAAAGGGCAGGUCAUCAAGGCCUGCAAAACGGAAGCGGACGGACGCGUGGUGGAGGGCAACCACGUGGUUUACAGAAUCUCGGCCCCCACGCCCGAGGAGAAGGAGGAAUGGAUCAAAUCCAUCAAAGCCAGCAUCAGCAGAGAUCCUUUCUAUGAUAUGUUGGCCACCAGGAAGAGGAGGAUAGCCAAUAAGAAAUAACCAAAGGCAUCUUUCAACUUCUUUCCUUUGGAUCACUGCCACGUCCGAGUCCAGCAAAAUCAAACUUUCACUUGAGGAUCAGGAGUUGCACUAUGGGCAACAUUUUGGUGGGACACGUCUGUUAAGACUUUGUCUGUAAAGACUUUAACACCCUCUGGCGGAUAUUACGAGGAAUGACAUGUACUUCACUCAGCUGAUGGGUACCAUUCUGAACAAUCCUGUCUUGAUGAAAGCCUCAAACAAAAUCAGCUGGUCUGAUUUGUAUAUGCAAAAUGCACUGACUUAUUUGUGGCUAUAGACAAACACAAAACCCCAAUAGACUCGAAACUAUUAGGGAUAUUGGGCUUCUAGAUGCAAUUUCAGGAUGAACAUAAGAUGCAUUACAGUGCUGCCUUGAGUUACGAGUGACUCGAGCUUAAGGACAAUACAACCCAAUGCAAAUGUAUUUAUAAAGCGCAGUUUACAACACCCUCACCUGUAACAAAGCGCUUCACUUAUGGCAAAUGGGACAACCACAAAGACAGCGAAAACAGUAAAUUAGUCAAAAAGCCAAAGUGGGUGAACACAUGAAGACCCUUUCCCGCCCAAGGACGCAUAAUGCUCGACUAUCGUUAUAAGAUUAUCAUUAUAUUUGAGGUGUAUUUAGAGCUUAAACAUUAAACAUGUUCAAUAAAUUGAGACCUAAAACUUUUUUUGUGUGUGGGGAAAGCCGACUACUUAUUAGUAAAUACUAAAUAAUAUAGGAAAUUUAGCUAUUGCCGACGUUGUGUGACGCAAGAGAGUGUAGCCAAUUGAAGCAGCGCCCUGACUGACGAACAAGGAGGCGGUGAUAAAUAAAACAUGUCCUCCUUACCCAAUGUCGUUCUUUGUAUAAAACUAGACUCCCCAAAGAGCAUUUUACAGAGCAAAUUAUUUUUUGUCGACAAUACCAUCUUACAACGCUCCUCCACGAAAUAUUUACGAACAUUCGGCAAGUUUCGGUGUAUACCCGGAAGUACCUGCCAGCUUCUCUUCGCGCUUGUGACGUCAAGCGUGAUCACGCGAGAGGUCCGCCUUGUGUGACGUCCAUAUUACACUGCCUCCUAGCGGCCCAGGCAUACACAACAGAAGGAUCACAAUUAAUAGCAUUUCCAUUCAUUUUAAUUAAAACUUGAUUUAAAUGCAUUUUAGUUUCAUCCUAAAAUCCGACCUAAAAGCCAAAUAGCUAAA